GCCGGGACCUCGAGCGUAGGCCUCGUUGCCAUGGUGACCGCGGCCUACCUUUGGGCUCGGGUAAUCCGAACCGGCUCUCAACUGGCGUUGCCGAGCUCGCAUGGAGGGAGCCCAGCCGGAGCAAGCACAUAUAGAAGACAUAACUCAGCAGCUCAAGGAAGAAGGGGUUGACACUACAGCGCCUGCAAACGACCAGCUCUGUUAUGUCUGGAGUUUGUUCCUACGCAGUCAAGAGGAGUUGCAUUCUGCUGCUAGAGAGUUAGAGAAACUCAGGCAACAGCAAGUGGAAGAGAUGAGAGAGGUGGAAAAUUACGUGGCCCACAUCCGUAUGUUGACGGAAGCGCGGGAUUCUUUGGCAACUGCAUUUGAGAGAGAAAAUGCGCAGCUUAGGGUGGAAGUUGCACAGCUACAACUUGAGCAAGAAUCUCAGCAGAAGGAAGUGGAAGAAAUGUUGGAGCAGGAAGGCUUGUUUGAUAUUGCCCACAGCAGCCCCAGUGAACAGGUUGCUUAUUUGCUGGUUGAGAGAAGCACCCUACUGGAGAAGAUAGAUGUGCUGGAACAAAAGCUGCAAUUCCCCAGCUGUUUGGAAAGCCUUUGCUCAGCUGCUCAGCUUCAGGAUCAGUUAGAUCACAUCCAGCGGACACUAGAAGAUGAGCUUCAGGAGCAACGGAAAUCUAUGCAGUGCACCAAAGAGAUGAUGCAUAAAGUAAUAAAGAGAAGAAAUUGGUUCCAACCCUUUUCACUUCUGCUCAUGCUGCUUAGCGUCGUAGUGUAUCUUGGGCGCAUCAAGGGUAACGUGGUGUCAAUUGAAAGACAGCCAUGCAUGGAUUUUUUUAAAGGUAUCACAUCUCAUGCUGAAGAGCUGGCUAGACAAAGCACCUUGCUCAGGCACACUGAGCAGCACCUGGAGGAAGCCACACACAGGUUGCAGUUGACGCAGGCAGAGAUCCAGAGGCUGAAAGAAGAAUUGGCCACUCAAAAGGAAAACCAGAGCAAACUGGCUCCAUCCAUGGCAGAGAGCUUGAAAGAAGAGGUGAAUAAGGUGAAAGACAGUGAAAUGUCAGAGCUACAGAAGGCCAGGGAGUUGAACAUCCAAUUGGACCAAGAAAUCCUGGCACUACGCAGCAGAGUCCAACUUCUCGACUCGGAGAGACAAAUGUUCUUGGAGCAGGCUGAAAAGCUUGAUGACACGAUUCCCAAGUAUCAGGUGACUGAGGAAGAGCCAAAAUAUGUAUUAGCCAGGACGGACCAAACUAAAGAACAUGAAGGCUGCUUGUUGCAGGAUAAAAAGGGAAAGCUGAAAGCUGAAGAAGAGACAAGCAUUUUGGAUGAAGCUUCCUCAGAAUCUGAACAUAACAAGGCCCUUCAUCAGAGGUGCCGCCGAGCCAUUGAAGGUGUAGAAUGCCAAAACUCGCAGCUCCUGCACAAGCUCCGGAAGUUGGAGCGGGAACACGAGGACCUGGUGGAGAGGAAUGAGGAGCUGGAGUCCCUCCUGGGGGAGACGCAGAACCAGACUAAGGAUGAGCGGGAGCAGUUUGAGUGUGAGGUAGACGGACUGCAGAGGAAGAUUUCUCGUUUAGAGGCAGAACUGUGGAAAGCGCAGAAGAGUAAAUCCGAUAUGGCUGACGAAGAAACAAGCAAAGUGGCAGAUUCCCAAGAGGUGGAGAAAAGUAAGCGAGAGAAAGUGGAAGAGCUGGAAAGCAAACUCUUGGAGGAGACAGAGUGGAGGAAGCAGCUGGCCUGCAACCUCGAAAUGACACAGAAAGCAUUGAAAGAUGGAAAGAAGGAGCUGCACAGUUCCAAGUCAGAGCUUCUGCGACUUCGGGGAGCAGCUGAGGAAAGAGAUUUUCUGCACGUGACUCUUGAGAAACUACAGCAGGAGAAUGUGAUGCUGGAAAUGAAGGUGUCAGAGCUCUUCCAGGAAUGUGAGCAGCUCAACCACGUUCUUACAGAAGGGAAAAAACCUGGGGAAAUAUCGUUGGCAAGCCGGAGGAUGUGCACUGAGCUGACAGCUAAGGAGAGGGCUUUGGAAGAUCAGAUCCACAGCCAGGGAGAAGAAAGAGAGCAGCUGCGUGUUAAAUUGUUAGAGAGCAAGAAGAAAACGGAGGAACUAGAAAAGAAGGUUAAGGAGAGCUAUGAAGAGAGAAGACGCUUGUGGGAAGAAAACAUGCAGUUAAGGAAAGACAUCCUGGAUCUCCAAUGUCAGCUUAACACCAAGAGCACGGCAAAUGUCAGGAUGAAACACGAGACUGGCUUUGGAGAGAAUCCACCCCGCAAGACACAGACUCCCAUGGGGAGCACAGAUGGGGAACAGAAGCAGGGUCUGCUGGGGAAGAGACCUGAGCAGAAGGAGGACGAGCAUUUUCUCUGUCAGGAUGUUCAGCGCAUCCAGAACCUGGGCAGCUCCACCGAGAAGGAGCUGAGGUACGAAAGGGAGAAGAACUUGAAAUGCAACAUCUUGCUUCAGCAAGAAAACAUCAAGGUCAAAGCCGAGCUGAGGCAAAUGCAGCUGAAGCUCUCCGACUCCGCCAAGGCCUGUUCAUCACUCACUUCACAGUGGGAGCUCAGCCAGCAGAAGGUCAAAGAGCUGGAGCUGGAGCUGCUCAGGCAGUCGCAGGCGGCCAAGCAGCAGAGCAGCCUGAGGGAGAAGCUCGCCCAGGAGAAAGCCAGGGCCACUGAGGCUGAGAGAAAGAUUUUGGACCUGCAGCAAACACUGAAGGAAUCUCACCACCAAGUACGGCUCUCUGAGACCCACGUCUUGGUGAGGAAGCAGCUGGAGGAGCAGCUGAAGGAGGCCAGGGAAGAGGAAACCAAGGCCCAGCGGCAGUUCCAAGAGGAGCAGCGAAAAAGGAAGCUCCUGGAUCAGCAGACAGAAGACCUGCAGCAGCAGCUCAGGCACUCCCGGGAGAACGAGGCGCAGCUGGCCAGGACCUUUGCUGAGCUGCAGAUCCAGCAUCAGCAUCAGGAGGCGCAGUUGCGGAUUCUGGAAGAAGAGAAGAAAACCCUCUCCAAUGAGCAUCUCCAGUGUCAGAAAUACAGCCAGAAGAUUUCAGGGCAGCUGUUGGGGUUGCAACAGGAGAGAGAAACACUCCGGGAAGAGUAUGAGCACAUCCUGAAGGAGGUGGCCAUUUCUGUCAGGAAACAGAAAGAGCGACAGCUCCGACAUAAGGCCAAGCUCCGGAGAGCAAAGGAGACCUCAUCUGUGAAGUGAAGCAGCGUGAUGUCCGCAAUCAGGCAUCUCGAGAAUGAACUCAAGCUCUCCAAAAGUCAGUCAGAAAAGGAUGCAAUGCUGAUCACGCAAGUGACCACUGAGAAUGACAGUUUACUCCAAGAAAAGCGGAAACUCACUCAGCAGCUCCACAAACUGGAGGAAGCGGAGCGGAGCAGCAAGCAGGACCUCUCCACAAUCCAGAGCAGAGUGCGGCUUCUGGACGAUGAGAACAAGCAGCUCCAAGAAUGGACCCUGCAGCUGACGGGUCAGGUCGGGCUCCUGGAGCGGGCGCUGAGGAGCAUUCAUAGCCACAGCUUGGAGGAGCUGAAGAGUAUCGGCUUCUCUGAAUUCCAACCGCAAAGCAAAGUUCUCCCCCUUCGCAGAGUAAGCUUCUCAGUGAUGGAGCUUUCGGACUCUCACGGCCUUCUGAAAGCCGUUCAGGAUGGCAAACCCGAAGACCACACAGAAAGGUCUCUGCUUGCCUCUUUGCCCUGCCCACCUUCGGAGAUUGGCUACUUGAACGUGGCUUCUCCCAGGGAAUCCUCAGACUUACGCACAGAGGAGCAGAGUCAAGCCUUGUGCUGUGAUCACGUCUAA